UUGAACACAUACAAGAUUUGCAUUCUCAUCACCAUUGAUAAACCCACCUCUCAUUUUAUACUUUAUAAGUAUAUAUUAUAUUAAUUAAUUAGUGAUGAUGUCUUCAAUUAAGAUGAGUUCAGUAAUUGGGAGUUACUGUUUGAUGCUAAUUGCGUUUACGUGUUGGAUUAAUGCAAAGAGCGGCGAAGCUUUUGAGACAUUCGGGUUCGAUAUCCACCACAGAUAUUCCGACACCGUCAAGCAAUUCUUGAAUGUCGAUGAAUUGCCGGAGAAGGGUACCGUCGAAUAUUACUCCGCCAUGGCCUACCGCGAUCAUCAUCUCUUCAAGGCCCGCCGCCUCGCCACCGCCGCAAAAGCACCUGUCACUUUCUUUGGUGGAAACGAGAGUCACAAUAACAACGACCUUGGACACGUGCACUAUUCAUUUAUUACCGUGGGUACCCCUGCUUUGAAAUUUCUUGUGGCGCUUGCCCCUGGCAGUGACCUGUUGUGGUUACCAUGUGACUGUAUCACUUGUGCAACUAGCGUAUACUCCGAGUCUACGGAAGAGGUAUGA